AUGGCUAAGACGGGCGCGAGAGACGUGCAGAACCACGUCCUGUUCGAGGUUGCGACCGAAGUCGCAAACAGAGUCGGCGGUAUCUAUUCAGUCCUCAAAUCCAAGGCCCAAGUCACCACCGCUGAGUAUGGCGCCGCAUAUACCCUCUUGGGCCCGUGGAACAGAGCUUCGGCGGCUGUCGAAGUAGAGCCCAUCGAGCCCAAAGACCCGGCGUUGAUUGCUACCAUGAAGUCCAUGGACGAUCGUGGCAUCAAGAUGCUAUACGGACGUUGGUUGAUCGACGGUGCCCCACGUGUGCUCCUCUUCGACACUGGUACCGGCUACAGGUGGCUUGACGAGUGGAAGGGCGAUCUCUGGUCUUCCACCGGCAUUCCUUCGCCGCCUGGUGAUUCGGAGACCAACGAGGCCAUUGUUUUUGGUUACCUCAUUGCGUGGUUCCUAGGCGAGUACGUCUACCACGAGAAGAAGCGAGCCGUCAUUGUCCAGUUCCACGAGUGGCUGGCAGGUGUCGCAGUCCCGCUCUGCAAGAAGCGCCGCAUCGAUGUUACCACCAUCUUCACUACCCACGCUACGCUCCUCGGUCGCUACCUCUGCGCCGGCUCAGUCGAUUUCUACAACAACCUCCAAUAUUUCGAUGUGGACGCUGAGGCGGGAAAGCGCGGUAUCUACCACCGCUACUGCAUUGAGCGCGCCGCCACACACGCAGCUGACGUCUUCACCACGGUUUCGCACAUUACCGCGUACGAGAGCGAGCAUCUUCUAAAGCGAAAGCCGGACGGUGUCUUGCCUAACGGCCUGAACGUCAAGAAAUUUUCGGCUACUCACGAAUUCCAGAACUUGCAUCAACAAGCCAAGGUCAAGAUCAACGACUUCGUGCGCGGACAUUUCUACGGCCACAACGACUUCGACCCUGAGAACACCCUCUACUUCUUCACCGCUGGUCGCUACGAGUACCGCAAUAAGGGUGUGGAUAUGUUUAUUGAGUCGUUAGCCCGGCUGAAUCACAAGAUGAAGAAUGAGAACUCAAACAUGACAGUCGUCGCUUUCAUCAUUCUUCCCGCGCAGACGACGUCGCUCUCGGUCGACUCACUGAAGGGACAAGCCGUAAUCAAGGCGCUUCACGACAGUGUAAACAACAUCGCCGAGAAUGUUGCCAAGAAGUUGUUUGAGCGUUCGUUGACCUGGACGGAGGGCUCUGAGCUCCCCGAGGACAAGGACUUGAUCACGCCCGCUGAUAAGAUCUUGCUCCGCCGACGGUUGUUUGCCAUGAAGCGUCACAACCUUCCGCCCAUCGUUACUCACAAUAUGGUCAACGAUGCCGAAGACCCUGUCCUGAACCAGCUCCGUCGCUGCCAGCUCUUCAACCACCCAUCGGAUCGCGUCAAGGUUGUGUUCCAUCCCGAGUUCUUGAACUCGGCAAACCCUGUAUUGCCAUUAGACUACGAUGAUUUCGUGCGUGGAACUCACCUUGGUGUCUUCUCAUCCUACUACGAGCCCUGGGGUUACACUCCGGCUGAGUGCACCGUAAUGGGUGUUCCUAGCAUCACAACCAACCUGUCCGGCUUCGGUUGUUACAUGGAGGAACUGAUUGAAAAUGCCCAGGACUAUGGUAUCUAUAUUGUAGACCGAAGGAUGAAGGGCGUGGACGACUCAGUCAACCAGCUUGUCGACUACAUGUUCGAAUUCACGAAGAAGAGCAAGCGCCAGCGUAUCAACCAGCGUAACCGGACCGAGAGACUCAGCGACUUGCUCGACUGGAAGCGCAUGGGCUUGGAGUACGUCAAGGCCCGACAAUUGGCUCUUCGGCGUGCAUACCCUGCGGCAUACGAAGACGAUGAUGAGCCGGACUUCUUCAGCUCGCAAGACGUCAAGAUCUCGCGGCCAUUGUCCGAGCCCGGGUCUCCCCGCGAUCGUUCGGGUAUGAUGACGCCCGGUGACUUUGCCUCGCUGCAGGAGGGCCGCGAGGGACUGAGCACCGAGGACUACAUUGCGUGGAAGCUCCCUGAAGAAGAAGAGGCUGACGACUUUACCUUCCCGCUAACAUUGAAGACGAAGAGUAAGCCUAAUUCAGGCGCCACAACUCCUACUCUGUCUGCUCCACCGAACGGUACUGACUAGCCAACUCUUUUCCGUAGGGUGACGAAGAAACCGAACGAGGAAGAGAAGCAAAGACUUCCAAAAUUGCGAUGAUCUAUUCCUUUAUGCUUGGCUUGAUUUCAUACGCAUUUACUGCAUUGGCGAUGACGAAUGGACGUACGAGAGGGAAUAGUGGAGGAUAUGGGUGUCCUGCCUCGGAGCAGGAUCAAGUGUAUUUUAGGAUGUGAAUAUCAGCGUCUGUUGGUCUGCUCUACACCUUUGUGCGGUCCGAAUAUGAUUACCGUUGAUACCGAAUGUCCGAACCAAGCAUGCAUACGCGUCUUCCUCGUAGAAAAACGAGCUUGGCAUGCCUAACAAAAGCAAAGCU